GGAAAGGGGCGGGUCGGGCUGGGAGGCUAGCCAAAGUCUGCGGAGGUCUUUGAGGGAAGUCGAGUUUCCGGAAGUGGCCGUUAUAAACACUGUCUCCCAGGGGCUAGUCCCCCUUCUGUUCCCCUCCCCCGUGCUCUUUGUUCCCUCUCCCCGGGUCCUAGAGUCCGUCGAGUUCCAAUGAUUUUUGCUCUGACCCCGCGGUCCGCUUUGGCCUCUCAGUCUUUGAGAUUGGAAGCUGCCCCCAGAGGUCUUGGGUGUGCAGUCUGCUUCACGGGAGCCCCCUGAGACACGCUGAGAGAGAUGAGUACAUUCUGGAUGACCUACAGAAGGACUCAGAUGUGAGACUUUAGCCCGUGUAACCUAUAAGCCAAGGACGUCUUGGACAGUUUUAAUCAUCAAUAACAAAGUAUAUCAUUAAGUAACAGUGGAUUAUUUUGAAAGAGUUGGAAGACUUGUCAUGAGUUUAAACACUUCAAGCAAUACCCCUGGUGAUAUCCAAAGGUUGAAGAAUGCCUCAUCUGAUAUAAAACAAAUGGUUAAAAGUGAAGCCGACUUGGAUAUUACUGCUGAGCUCAGAAAGAAACUCCAUCGGGCUAAGAAAGAAAAAUUAGAAAUAACAACUAAGCACAAUGCAGAGCUGGCAAGCUAUGAGAGCCACAUUGCGAAGCUACGAUCUGAGGUUGAAAAAGGAGAGGCAUUGAGACAAAGUCUGGAGUAUGACCUAGCUGUUGCUAGAAAGGAAGCUGGACUUGGAAGACGGGCUGCUGAAGAAAGAUUAGCUGAGGCACAUAGGAUCCAAGAGAAACUCUGUGCUCAGAAUGCAGAACUUCAGGGAAAGGCAAAUGAGAUUGAGAAAGCAUUCCAGACUUCCCAGCAGAAAUGGAAAGAAGAAUGUAGAAGAUUUGAACAUGAUUUGGAGGAAAGAGACAGUAUAAUUCAAAAUUGCAAUCAAGAAUAUGAUUUACUUAUGAAAGAAAAAAGCAGACUGGAGAAAACCCUACAGGAAGCAUUGGAAAAACAUCAGCAGGAGAAUAAUGAGAUGGAGUCUCAUAUCAAGGAGACCGCAUUGGAGGAGUUUAGAUUGCAAGCAGAACAAUGGGAAGCAGAAAGAAGAGAGUUACAAUUUAUAGUACAGGAGCAAGAUAAUGCUGUACAAAAUAUGCACAAGAAGGUAGAAAAAUUAGAAGCUGAACACAUGGACUGCUCUGACCUUUUACGGCGACAAACAAGUGAACUUGAAUUUAGCACUCAACGAGAGGAACGUCUUAGAAAAGAGUUUGAGGCAACUACUCUAAGAGUGAGGAAAUUGGAAGAGAGUAUUGAAGCAGAAAGAGCAGCACAUUUGGAAUCAAAAUUUAAUUCUGAAAUUAUUCAGUUACGGAUUCGAGACCUUGAAGGAGCUUUGCAGGUAGAAAAGGCCAGCCAAGCAGAAGCUGUUGCGGAUUUGGAAAUGAUCAAGAAUGAAUUCAAGGAAGUCGAAAAUGCAUAUGAGCGAGAAAAGCAUAAUGCGCAAGAGAGCUUUGCAAAACUAAAUGUACUAGAAAGAGAGUAUUUCUCCAAAAACAAGAAACUAAAUGAAGAAAUUGAGGAACAGAAGAAAGUAAUUAUAGACCUUUCAAAGAGACUCCAGUAUAAUGAAAAAAGUUGCAGUGAAUUACAGGAAGAGCUUGUAAUGGCUAAGAAGCACCAGGCUUUUCUAGUAGAGACAUGUGAAAAUAACGUGAAAGAAUUGGAAUCGAUCUUGGACAGCUUUACUGUGUCGGGCCAGUGGACAUCAGGCAUCCACAAGGACAAAGAUAAACCUCCCAGCUUCUCUGUUGUCCUUGAGACUUUGAGGCGUACCUUGACAGAUUACCAGAACAAGCUGGAAGAUGCAUCUAAUGAGCUAAGCAGCAUUAAUAAUGCUAAGGAAAAGGCAUCUAGUGAACUUGAUUCUACCAAACAGAAGAUAGAAUCUCACACUAGAAAUAUAAAGGACCUUCAGGACAAACUGGCUGAUGUCAAUAAAGAGUUAAGUCAUUUACGCACUAAAUGUGCAGACAGAGAGGCUCUAAUAAGCACUUUGAAAGUGGAACUACAAAAUGUGCUGCACUGUUGGGAGAAGGAAAAGGUGCGAGCAGCCCAGUCUGAAAGUGAGCUGCAGAAGCUUUCUCAAACUUUCCGUAAGGAUUCAGAGGAAAAGCUAACCUUCCUUCAUACCUUGUAUCAGCACUUGAUAGCAGGCUCUGUGCUCAUAAAACAACCAGAAGGCAUGCUGGAUAAAUUCUCUUGGUCUGAGCUUUGUGCAGUCUUGCAGGAGAAUGUUGAUGCCCUGAUCGUAGACCUCAACAGGGCUAAUGAGAAGAUAAGUCAUCUAGAGUAUAUCUGUAAGAACAAGUCUGAUACGAUGAGAGAGCUUCAGCAGACCCAGGAAGACACCUUUAACAAAGUGGCAGAGCAGAUCAAAGCCCAGGAGAGCUGCUGGCACAAGCAAAAGAAGGAACUGGAGCUGCAGUACUCUGAACUCCUCCUGGAGGUACAGAAGAGGGCACAGAAAUUUCAAGAAAUUGCUGAAAAAAAUAUGGAAAAAUUGACCCGUAUUGAGAAGUCACAUGAACAGUUGGUUCUUGAAAAUUCACACUUCAAAAACUUGUUAUUACAGACUAAAAGAGAACAAACAUCCUUGCUGGCAGCUUGUGCAUUGAUGGCUGGUGCCUUAUAUCCUCUCUAUAGUCGAUCAUGUGCCUUAUCUACACAGAGAGACUUUCUCCAAGAGCAGGUCAACACCUUUGAGUUGUUCAAAUUGGAGGUUAGAACUUUAGCCCAGGCCUUGUCAACUGUAGAGGAAAAGAAACAAGAGGAAGCCAAGAUGAAGAAAAAACCAUUCAAAGGAUUGAUACGAGUAUUCCGGAAAGGUGUUAUUGCAAUUUUGGCAGCAAAUAGACUCAAGCAUUUGGGCCAAUCAUGUGCCUCUCUUUUUACCUGGAUGGAGAAUUUCAAAGAAGGCAUAGGCAUGUUAGUGUGUACAGGAGAGCCCAAAGACAAGCAUAAAUUUCCAAAACAUCAAAAGGAACAGUUACGUUGUUUGCACGCUCUCAGUUGGCUCACCAGUUCUGACCUUCUUGCUGCAAUAGUCACUUCCAUGGCUGAGUUACAGGAAGCUAUUAGUAAAACAGAUCCAAAUUCCAGAAUUUGUGGCCAUUUACUUAUAGGGGCAGCCAAGAAUUCUUUUGCAAAACUCAUGGAUAAAAUUAGUCUGGCAAUGGACAGUAUGCCUUUGCACAGCAAUAGAAGUAUUACAUAUGUAGAAAAAGAUUCCCUGGUUCAGAGGCUGGCUCGUGGACUUCAUAAAGUAAACACCUUGGCCUUGAAGUAUGGGCUAUGUGGCCAUGUGCCCAUUUUGAAAAGCACAGCCUCAUUACAGAAGCAGAUAUUUGGAUUUACACAAAGACUGCAUGCAGCAGAAGUGGAGCGCCGCUCACUGCGCUUAGAGGUCGCAGAAUUCAAACGAAAUGUGAAUGAAAUGAAAAAGGAGCUCGACAAAGCCCAGGGUCUCCAAAUGCAAUUAAAUGAAUUUAAGCAGUCUAAAUUGAUCACCCAUGAGAAGUUUGAAAGUGCGUGUGAAGAACUGAAUAACGCGUUACUUAGGGAACAGCAGGCUCAAAUGCUAUUGAAUGAACAGGCACAGCAACUACAGGAGUUGAAUUAUAGACUUGAGUUACAUUCCAGUGAGGAAGCUGACAAAAACCAAACUCUUGGAGAAGCUGUUAAGAGUCUCUCCGAGGCAAAGAUGGAGCUGAGAAGAAAAGAUCAAUCUCUGCGUCAGCUCAAUAGACAUCUUACCCAGCUGGAGCAGGACAAGCGUCGACUGGAGGAGAACAUCCAUGAUGCAGAGAGUGCCCUCCGCAUGGCAGCCAAAGACAAAGAAUAUGUUGCUAACCAUAUGAGAACAGUAGAAAAUAUGCUUCAUAAGGUCAGAGAUCAGAUCUCGCUGUCACGGACUGCGGCAAGUAGGAAUGACUUCACCCUGCAGCUACCCAGACUGCACCUGGAGACCUUUGCAAUGGAGGGGCUCAAGGGCGGGCCAGAGGUUGUAGCGUGCCAGGCUAUGAUUAAAAGUUUCAUGGAUGUCUACCAACUUGCAAGCACUAGAAUUGCUACGUUAGAAAAGGAAAUGACAUCUCAUCGAAGUCACAUUGCAACCUUGAAAUCAGAACUUCACACAGCUUGUUUACGUGAAAAUGAAAGUUUACCAUCAACAGGAUCACGAGACCAUUCAAAUCUCUCCAUUCCUUCAAGAGCUGCUCUUCCUGCUGACACAAUUGAUGUUGGAGAUUUUUUGCCUUUGAAAGCUGAACUUGAUACAACUUACACUUUCUUAAAGGAGACACUUAUAAAUCCCAUGCCCCUGACAUCAUCUCACUCCUCUCCAGUGACUCUGUCUGCUGCCACCAAGAGACCAACUCAGAUUGGAUUAUGACUUUAUAAAAUAAAAGGGGUGCAAGGAGAGUUAACAGUACAAUUAAAAUUGUCUUGAAGGGGGAUUUUCUUAUCAGUUGAAUUUUGUUUCAGCACAAGUGGUAGUGGGUUUUUAAAAAUUGAGUGAUAUCUUGAUGUGUGCAGGUAUCUGUGUCUCCUUGAAUAAUGAAAUAACAAACUUUUUCUCCCUCUAAGUUUUAUUUAUUAUCACCGUUGCUCAUUUUUAUGUAACAUAUUUUUAAAUGUUAAAGAAUGACACAUUUUGGGUAAUUUCCUUCAGACUUAAAAAAAUCAAUAAGCCAUUUUAGUCUCUAUCUAUCAAAGUUGUUUCAUACUUGUCUAUUUUAAAGCAGGACUGCAAUACUUUAAUAGGAUUGAGAGAGCUAUUUGAAAUGUAUGCCAAUGAUUCCUGUCAUUUCAUGGCAGCCCUGCCAUGGUUCACUGAGCCCCCUCUUCUCUCUUGUCAGCUCAACUGAAGACAAGCAUUUAGUUGCAAACUUUAAGCAGGUUGUGCAAAACAGAAAUGAUGUGACUGCUUCUCCUCCUGCACAAUAAUGUCACUCCUGGUCAAUGUGAGAAGGUCAGGUCGCUCCUUGUAAAGCUACAUGAUACCACUUGCCCAUUUGAACAAGUUAAGUUAACUGCUGAAUCUGGUCCCUGCAGGCAUUGAAAACUCAUCCUUUUAUCAAGUCUGUAUUUGAUAAGAAAGUAGAGCAGUUGUGCUGGGAAGAUUUCUGUGGUGUGUUUAGGCACUUUUUAAGGACAGUUCCCGCUCCAGUACAGCAGGUAAUAUAUUUAGUAUAAGCUGGAAAACUUCAAGGUAAUGACUGUUUUGACCUUCAAAAGAGACUCCUUUUUUGUUUUUGUUGUUGGUAGGACCCAAGAGUGACGCCCAUCUUUGAUGCUGACAGAAUUUAAAACAAGGCCAUUGCCCUGCAUUUUCUGCCUUGUAGCACACAAAAGUAAAAUUGUAUGUCAGGCCGAGAUGUCGGGGAGCUGACAAGAUGCCCCAGUGACAUUUCAGCUAGAAAGAGCAAGUGUCUUGCAACCAAGUGGUCAAAUAUCAAAUAAUAGGUCAAGCAGGAAGGAGCUGAGUUCUAACCACAAAGAGGUUUCUGGUAACUUACUUGACAAGCUUUUGGGCGCUUUGUGGCUUGACAAAGUGAUGUUCUGUUGGGUAUCGCUAGACAGACUGUUCUUUAUCGCCUUCAGAAGAUCAGACAUUGACAUUGAUUAAACUCUUUAACCCUUAAAGGUUAAAUCCUUGCAGUUUGCAUCAUGGUAAGUGAAGAACAAAAGAAUAUUUGUAAUAUAUAUUUGUUUUUGUCUUAAUUAUUUAACUCCCCAGUGGUAUUAACUUCUGAUGUGAACUGUACUUUUAGACAAAGAGUUUUGAUACAAAAAUCCAUCUUUUAUAAUUAUUUCUUAUUAUGGAGUUCUUCAUUAUGGAUACAUUAGAAAAUAACUGUAUGUAUUAUGGAAUUUAUAUUAUCUUAACUUUACAAUGACAUUUAAUUCAAAUGUACCCAACCUCUUAAGUAUUUCUUAUUGGCCUUGGUACAUAAAAUUGGUAUACUAUUUAUGUUAUUAGCCAAAUUAACCAAGUGGUUUAUACCAUCUGAGAUAACAUAGCGCUAUUAUUGUCAUACUUUGUAGCAAUACUGUUUCUUAUCAUACUGGGCCAAUAUAAGCAUUAUAUAAAUCUUCAGAAAGCUGUUUAUGUGAAGUAAAAUUACACCUUUAACCAAAUUUCUCUUAAUUUUUUCCUUGCAAUUCUUUUUACGAACCAGUCUGGGUUUUGAAUACUAGAGAGUAUGCCCUGUGUAAUGCAAUGUAACAUGUAUGAAAGUCAACUUGCAAAUUUAUUGUAACACAGAAAACACUAUUGAUUGUUUUUAUACAGAUCAUAGGACAGUUUUUGCACAUCCUAUACAGUGAUUUAUAUAAAUAUGCAGUGACCAAUCACUGCAUAUUUGAGAUCUAUUUCAUGUUGGCAAGAACGGUUGCUCUGUUUCUGCACAUCCUAUACAGUGAUUAAGAUAUUGUCCAUAUAGAAAUCAAAACAACUUUUUAGUUCAAGUGACAUCAUUGAGUGAGAUGCCAAUUCUCACACUGUAGGAAGAAUGUUACCUGAUAUCACUUACAUGUCUGGGGUGUGUGUGUGUUGAAUCUGUUUCCAGAUCCUAGUAAUUUUAGGGGGGAAAACACUUCUGUAAACUUCCCCUUGACCAGACCUUGGUCUUCCUGCCUUUAUUAAUGGGAUAACACCAGAAAUAAAUAUAUAUGCCUCUGCAUAUAUUUGAGUAUCUGAUUUUACAGAUACAUUUUAUCCAAUGCAUUCUGAACUAUAAAUUUAAAACAAUUAUUAAACCAAAUCAAAGCAUGUCACAUUUAUAACCAACGAGAUGCUAAAGGCUAUGGAGACUGAAGGAUGAGCCUUCGGAGUGAUCAUUAGUAUUCACUACCAAAUAUAGUAAUUUUUAUACCACAUGCUUUUUUUUUCCCAGAAGUCAGACUCAGCAGGAGGAGAAGAUUUAAUGACAUAUCCUAUGGAGAUCUGAGAAACUCUGGACUGCUUCUGAGCACCUCAGUGACCAAUCGCUGCAUAUUUGAGAUCUGUGUUGUGUUGGCAAGGACGGUUGCUCUAUCAGCUUCCUUACAUUCUUAAGAAUGAUGUAUAAAGUAGACUUUUCUUAGGAGAAUGGCUUCAAAUAUUUUUGGAGAGGAAAGGAAGUUUUACUUUACACCUUAGUAUAUGGGUUUUCUUACCUUCUGUGAUCUAGAAAAAAUAUCUGUAUUAUCCAUCACUAUCAAAGGGAUUCUUACUGUUUUGAUACCUAAGUCGUAUUUAUUGGCGCUUUCCCAUCAUUUUUGACAUAAACGUUUUAGAAUGACAUACACAAAUGCAGAGAAAUGCAGGAAAUUGGAAGAAUUGCCAAUUCUCUGAUAAUUUAAUGACAUAAGUAAAUAAACUCAACUAGUAGAAUAAUAACUUUAAUUUACCAAAUGUCUGACUCUUAUUAAACUUGGCAGCACUAUUUAUUCUAUUUAUUUCACAUUUAUAAUAUAUGCUGCUAUCAAGUGCCUAAUGAGAUCAUUAUUAUUUCAUGUUACUUUAUUUACCAGUUAUAUCUGAAUUCAUUCCAUAGACAACACUGAACAAUAGUAAAUUGAUCUUAUUUUUACUAUGCAGUUUUUAUAGUCAAGUUUUCUAAUAUAAAGGGUAAAAAGUAACCAAUAUUUAUUAAGCAACUAUUCCAUGCUAGCUAUUAUAGCAAAACUCUAAUAUUCUCACAAUAAACCUCUUAGGUAUUCAUCUUGUAGGUGAAUAAUUGAGCAUCUAAGAUGUUAAGUGUUUGACUGCCUAAAAUCACACAGAAACUAGUAAUUAGUAAGCCCAUGUCAUUUCCACUUUGCUAGGCCUUCCUAGAAUUCCAGAAGUAAUUAGCAGUCUUUAAGGAGAACAAAAAAUUUUAUAAAUAUUCCUAGUUAGGAAUAAUUUUCAGAAUUAUGUUUUGGUUUGAAAUCUACACCACUUAUCUUUUGACUAGACAAAAUGAAACAAAUCCACCCAUUUGUGUGACUUGUAAUGGGAAGAAUAGUGAUGUUUGUACCUAUAUCUCAAAGGAACCAGUGCUCUGUGGUACUAUGCUCAGUGUCUCUAGCUUGGGCUCGGAGACUACAUGGACCCUCUCAGCACAGACCCUCAGUUGAAGGAUAUUGGAGAAAGCCAGCCUGACCAAGCCGGAACUUCCCAAUGGAACGUAAUGACAUCCGGUGAGUAAAGCUGGUCAAAAAAGCAUUAACAUGUGUACCUCCUAGACUGGAGAUGGGGAUUUUAAAAUAUAUUUUUUGGGACUGAUGUGGUAGACUGAAUAAUGGCCCCAAAGAUAACCCUGUCCUAAUCCUUGGAACUGGUGAUGUUACCUUAUAUGGCAAAGGGUCUUUGCAGAUGUGAUUAAGAGUCUUGUGAUGGGACAUUACCCUGGAUAAGCUAGGUGGGCCCUAAAUGCAGUCACAAAUGUCCUUAUAGGAGAGGGAGGCAGAGGAUAUUUGACUGCAGAAGGAAAAGUUGAUGUGAUAAUAAUGGAGGCAGAGAUUGGAGCAAAGGCUUUGAGGAUGGAGGACAGAGCUGUGAGCUAAGGAGUCAAGGACUGCAAGAAGCUAAAAAAGGCCAAGAAACAGAUUCUCCUCUCAAGGGUCCAGAAAGGUAAGAGAAUUAACUUGUGUUGUUUUAAACCACAAGUUUGUUACAGCAGCCAUGGGAAACUAAUAUGAUCAGUGAACUUUCAGUGUUUUUGUUGAAAGCCUAGUACCUUAACCUUUUAAUAUUUGCUAACAGAAAAAAAAAAGCAUUUUUUCUUUUAUUUUAUCUUGAUCGGUUGCCUCCAUAAUUUGAAAUUCCCAUUUUUUUUUUUUUUUUUUAGGUUUCUAUUUUAUACUCCUGGCUUCUGAAUAUAAUAAGUAGUGAUGGCACAAUUGGGAAAUUCUGUUGCCAUCAUUUUUGAUAAUUUUAAGUUAACUUGUGAUUUCAAUGUGUAUUCUAAUAUCUACAGUUUUAAUAAGGUAUCAUGCUUUAAAUGUAUCAGGUUUAUUUUAAAAAUCUUUUUAUUUGAUUUCCUCUCUUGUUGGCAUAUUUUUAUAGCUUUCUUACAAAAGAAAUUCAAACUUGCAAUGAUUUAUGUUAAUCAUAGCUUAAAAUAAUGAUUUGGAAUUUGUAAAUCAUAGCUUAAAUGGGCCAGAUCAUUUUUCUUUACUAUUUACCCACAAGAUCAACAUAUGUCCCUGGUCAUUUAUCCAUGCUUUUUAUUAUAAUUUAAGUGCAAGAAUUUUAGUAAUUGCCACAAAUAAUGAAAUCUUCAAGAAUUUUUAUUGUAUAAUAUUUGAGUAUGUUUUAUAUUUGCUUUGGUGAAAUCAUAUAGUUUUUAAAAAAUGGUCUAGUUCAAUGAGAGCAAUUUUAAUGGAAAAGAUUGUGUUCAAUAUAAUGAAACCAUAAUAUCGCAGACCUAAACCAAGAAUGUUAACAUAUUUCAAGUAUAGAAAAAACAAAAGCAAACAAAUAAAAAAACUCCAAGUUUUGUAAGGAACACAUCCAUCCCUCCUGGUUAAAUGAGACAUAAGUAUGUACAUUUACGUAAUGGUAGAAGUGCGUCAUCUUUUCUCUUGAACUUUAGUAAUGUAUUAUGUCUCUUUUCUGGCUGUGGAAUGUGUUGUCAUACCCAGUUAUCAGAUGUCCUAGGAGUUCCUACCAUGGGUGCUUAUGUAUUUCCUCUGAACCACUCGCUGCAGAAGCCUUUCUGGUUUGUUUGUUUUAAGUAGAGCUGAUUCCCAAACAGGUCUCCCAAGCUGUAUCUUCUGUGAAAAUUAAAUUUCCAUUGACAUCUUAAAUGGAAAAAUUUGUUCAUAAUCUUUGUAGUAGUGAGACCUAAUUGAUAUUGCAUGCUGUAAAUUGUAAAAUAUCUGGAUACAGCAUGAGGAGAUAACUCAAAACAGAGUUUUGUUCUUUCCUCCAAAUUAUCUUGUGUGUGGGUUAGAAGCUCAAGCAUAGGUUUUUUCAAGUACUGACCUUAAUGCUGGUCAUGCAGUAGAAGCCCCAGGUAGGUUUUGAAAACUACUGGGUUAAUGUUAUCU